CAUGUCUACCUGGAGUGCCCAGAUAGGCCUGACAACCCCGCCCGAAUGUGGGGAAGCACGUGUCGGUAAUUAUGCCAUAGGGUCUAUCUAUUUACAUCACAUCAACCUCCGAGGUGUUCUUGGGCCUUGAUUGUACAUGUUUCUUACAAACGACUACCUCUUCACUUAGACAUCUCGCUCUACGGAGUACUAGCCCCAAGAUGAACGGUUCCUGUCAGUGCGGAGCUGUGACUUUUACAACACCUACGCCCACACCAACAAGACUCUAUCAUUGCCAUUGCAUUGAUUGCCGCAAACAAUCCGCAAGUGCCUUCGGGACAUCUGCAAUAUUCCCAUUCUUCAAAUUGGACGAGUCAAACCCGGCUGUUACCUACUUCUCCCGCACAUGCGACAGUGGCCGUAAACAGAACUGUUACUUUUGCAGCCGCUGCGGUAGCCGCAUCCUACACGCACAUGUCCUUGAAUAUGGAGAUCCAAAAGUCGUCGCAGUCAAGGGUGGCGUUCUUGAAGGCUUAGAUUGGAGUGGUGCCACACACAUCUUCUGCAGGACAGCUGUCGUGCCAAUUCCGGACGGAGUGCAGAGGUGGGAAGCCGAACCCGAUUUUGGAGCAAUGAAAGACGACAAGAAGAAAUGACCGGGAUGUACAAAGGCAAAGAGGAAGCGACCCCGCAAAGGGCCAUAGCUAUGGAAAGCUGAAGUCCUAUUUCUGGGAUGCUUUCCUCUCGAUCUCAUUUCACGUUGUAUGCGGCACCACCUUCACGCUUGCAUUCGACAACACUUCCGGGAGCCCCUUCCGCUUGGCAUCAUAUCAAAUAGAGUAUCUGGAAAAA